GUCGUCGUCGCCGUCGUCGUCGUCGUCGUCGUCGUCGUCGUCGUCGCCGUCGUCGUCGUCGUCGUCGUCGUCGUCGUCGUCGUCGUCGUCGUCGUCGUCGUCGUCGUCGUCGUCGUCUGAGUUGGCCGUCAUCGGUCGACAAACGACCGACUCGUCGUUCCGCUCUUUUUUCUCAGUUUGUCGGCCGGUCUCGUGCGCGCGCUCGCUUUCCCGAAUAUCUCCACGAAUCGCAUCGUCGAUCUCUGAUGCGCGCGCGCUCUCCUUUCGCGCGCUCUUUUCUAUUAGAGAGAAAAAGAGCGAAGGAGAGAAGAUGAGCGAAAGAGUGAAUUUCAAAUCUUCUUCCUUACGUCGUAAGUCUUAAAGUAUUUUAAAGGAAAAGAAAAAGAGAAAGAGAAAGGGAAAGAGAGAAAGAAAAACAAAGUUAUUAGGAUCGGUGCGAACGGUGCGACAAGACGAAACGAGACGAAACGAAACGAAACGAAACGACGAAACGAGACUAGAAGAAAAGAGAAAAGAAGAGAAAAUAAAAAUAAAAAAAAGGAAAGAAAGAAAGAGAAAAAGGAAGAAGAGAUCGGUGAUGUGACGCUCGUCACGUGCUCCACGUGUCGACAACGCGAUGAAUUCUCCAACUCUAAGAUUCUUCUUCCUCUUCUUCCGCUACGUGGCGUGCGUCGAUCGAUGAAGGAAGUUUUUUUCCUCUUCAUCACGGAAGACUCAGAGGAAAGUUCGAAGCUGGAGAUCGAUCUUUCUCCCAUGUGCCGAUCUUGCGAUACUCGUCGAUUCUUCGAUGUUUCCGCCCAAUUUUCCUCCCGCCCGUCUUUCAAUCCUGCUCCGUCUUCUACUCUUGUCUAUGCGAGAAGGAUGUCGAAGACGACGAUACGAGAGUCGACGAUAGUGACGCUCGAUGAGCGACGGGAAUGAAUGAAUCGAAGUCGUUUUUCGAUCCGAUCCGGUUGGCUCGAGAGUGUGAUGUGACGCGGAAAACGAUCGAGACGAUUCGCUCAUAUGACUUUCCUAUAGAAAGAGGGGAGAGGGUGUUAAGAGGGAGAUACUCGGUGUUAAACUCGCGUAUAAAUCGUCACGAUCGUGUCGUUGGUGUCGAUAGGCAACGGGACGCGAAUCUACCAAGGAGAAAGGAUAAAAAAGGCGGAAGGUAAAUAAGUAGAAGAGGCAGAUGAGAUGUGAAGUACGAGGACAGGAGGGUGCCGCUUCCACCGCCGCCGCCGCCGCCUCCACCACCACCGCCGUCCAAGUCGAAGUCCGAGUAGAAUUAGCGGAAGUCGCAAAGCCGGAGACAGGGUCGCUGGCGAUCGUCGAGGCAACGAGACGUCACGACCAAAACUGGGGCGGGCCGCCUGAGAUGACGGCCCUGCGACGAUCCUUCGCGGCACCCGCUUACAAGAGCUCCUUCGUCCUCCUGUCCCUCUUUGGUUUGCUGCUACGGAUAAACCCUACCAUUGGUGGUAUCUGUUGGUCAUCGAUCAGCAAUGGCCGCUGCAAGGAAUUAUUGUCUCAAGGUGUCACGAGAGAAGAUUGUUGCGCGUCGAAUGCGGCUGCAGCAACAGCUUACUCGGAUGAAGAUUUGGACAGUGGAAGUCUUUUCUUUUGGAGAGUUCUCGGAGGUGGCGUUCAAUGUCGACCUUGCAGAGAGAGUUGCGCGGAAGUGAAAUGCGAGGAAGGGAAAAAGUGCGUAGUGCGGAGGGGAAGGCCUCGAUGCGUCUGUAGCCCCGAAUGUAAAGCACCAAGAGGGGGUGGCCCAGUCUGCGGAACGGACGGAAGGAGUUAUAAGAGCUUGUGCAGGCUCAAGAAGCGAGCUUGUAAGAAGGGGAGCCACGAGCUUGCCGUUGCCUACACCGGCCACUGCCAAAGUUCGUGCGCACGGGUCCGGUGCGGCCAAGGUCGGAGCUGCCUGCUGGACCAGAACCUAAGUCCUCACUGCGUGAGGUGCGCCCGCAGGUGCCCGCAAGCACCCUCGCACCAGCUCGCAACCGCGCGCCCCGUUUGCGGGGCCGACGGAAACACCUACAAGAGUGCCUGCCACCUGCGACUCGCCGCCUGCCGCGCGGGUCGCGCCAUUCCGGUCGCCUAUAAAGGUCACUGCAAACAGAACGCGGAUUGCACGACAAUUCGCUGUCGAGAGGGGCAGACCUGCCUGACGGAGAUAAAGUCUGGUCGGCCGCGUUGCGUGACCUGCACGUACCGUUGCCCCCGGAAGCGGGAGCGCGUCCGGAACCGGACGCACCGCGAUCGUGAUCGGGAUCGAGAUCCAUCGACGACCAUGCUGUGCGCGACCAACAACAUCACCUAUCCCAGCUGGUGUCACAUCGUCAAGGACGCCUGCGUCACCGGCUUCGUUCUCGAGACGCGACAUGCCGGACCCUGCAACGCCUACGACACGUCUCCCCUUUAUAUCGUACUCUCGGAAUAUGGCGUGGGCCAUUCAAGCGCCAUCCGCUUGAACGACCGAUCGGCAGGGUAAUCCAGCGUGGAAUUCGCCUUGCUCGAGUCGCGUCUGCAAAUAAACGCGCCCACGCAGCCAACGCAUCACAGUCUCCGAGAAAUAGCCAAGCGUCGAAACCGGCAACGAGAUCGGAGAACCGGAAAGGAAUCGGAUAAAAAUUUUUCGUAUUCUUUUGUGGAUUUUUUUCCCGUUACCAUAUAUGUAUUCCAAUCAUUUAAAGUUCUUAUUUUUUCUUUAAAUCGUGAUCGGAUUUAAUGUAAUGCCGUUCUCUAAUCUCUCUUUUUCUUAUUCUUCUUCCUCUUUUUUUUCCUUCUAUUCAUUUUUUUUUGUUUUGUGUGCGUAUAUGUGUGUGUGUUUUCGUUUUUUUUAUUCCUAUCUUUUCAAAGUUUUCAAUCGUCAAGCAAAACGCGGUAUGAGCAGAUAGGAAAUCGAUUUGCACGACAAAGCACGUAACAAUAGUAGUCGCGCUCUUCGCCUCUUUUACCUAGUAGCAGCUAGCGCACUCGUGCGCGCCGAAGCGAGCGUGUGUUGGAGAGAUGCAAGGACCUGUUGCGCGUGUAACACGGAAGUGGGAAUGUCGCUCGUGCAUUGAUUCAUAAUAGACUAUUCCUUUUGUCGUCAACGCGAUUAGGAUCUGUGUUAGCCUAUUCAAAGAGACUACGAUUCGUUUUCCAAUCGGAACAUUUUGUUUUUUAUUUAUUUUAUUUAUUCUCUCUCUCUCUCUCUCUAUCUCUCUAUCUCUCUAUCUCUCUCUCCCUCUCUCUCUCUCUCUCUCUCUAUCUCUCUCUCUCUCUCUUUUCUCAUCUUUUUUUUAUUUUCCUUCUUUUGUUUCGUUUUGUUUCCUAUAUAUUUUUCAUAAAACAAACCAACCUAUGAAAGGUGUGCAAGAGGCGAAAAAAGAAUUUUCUG